GCUAACGCAGUUUCGCAAGCCGAUGCAGUGUUGUUGAAGUCGUUGUAUGGACGGUACGUGGUUAUUGUGAUUUGCGCAAGUGAUGUGCCGGUUAUUACGUUAGUUAAAAGGAUAUUUUUCUGACCAACCGCCGCCAUGGGACAGGACGAGAAAAAGGGGACUAUUGUCUUGGACAAUUUCAAUUCGACUGCAAAUUUAGCAUCAAACCCCGGAUUUCAAUCAACACUGAGUCUCGGCUCAAAGGAAGUUAUCAAUGAGAAGGCUUACGACCCCUUUGAACAUAGGAAAGUGGCGCAUCCAAAUUCAAGUAUAGGGUCAUUAGUCCAUCUGCUAAAGUCUUCGCUCGGUUCUGGGAUCCUGGCAAUGCCUGCGGCCUUCAAGAAUGCAGGUCUUGUUGCCGGAGCCUUAGGAACUAUCGUCGUAGGAUUCAUUUGCACACAUUGCGUUUACGUUUUGGUGAAAACCUCACAGGAAGUCUGCGUCGAGGCAAAAAAACCGUCAAUGGGUUUCGCUGAAACUUGCGGCGCUGCACUCCAAUUUGGUCCUAAGAAAUUACGACCGUGGGCUAACUUUGCAAAAACGUUUGUGGACUACGCGAUGACAGCCACUUACUUAGCAGCACUAUGUGUAUACAUUGUUUUUAUUGCUGAAAAUUUCAAAGAGGUACUUGACGUCUACAUGCCAGAAUAUCAACUGCCGGUGGAGGCGUACUGCGCCCUGACUCUAGUGCCGUUGGUCUUGAUCUGUCAGAUACGGAAUCUAAAAUACCUGGUGCCUUUCUCUGCUGUUGCCAACGUGUUCCUGGUCAUCUGCUUCGGUAUCACGAUGUACUACAUCUUCAAUGAUCUACCGAACCCUAAGGAAAGAGAGAUGGUUGCCAGUGUAACGCAAUGGCCUCUGUUUAUCAGCACGGUUAUCUUCGCAAUGGAAGGCAUCGGCGUGGUGAUGCCGGUAGAGAACGAGAUGGCCAAGCCGCAGCAGUUCCUCGGCUGUCCAGGAGUCCUCAACAUUGCCAUGACCAUCGUCAUAUCCUUAUACGGCAUUGUUGGGUUUUUCGGAUAUAUCAAAUACGGCGACGACGUUCGUGGCAGCGUCACUCUCAAUCUACCAGCUGAUGAUUUCUUGUCACAAAGCGCCAAGAUCUUGAUGGCACUGGCCAUCCUCUUCACGUAUAGUCUGCAGUUCUACGUUCCCAUGGAGAUGAUCUGGCGUCAACUCCACAACAAGAUCUCGGUGCGAUACCACAACAUAUCUCAAAUCAGCAUCAGAACAGCUGCUGUUGUUGGUUCAGUUGCCAUCGCAGCCGCAUUCCCAGAUCUGGAAUUGUUUAUCAACUUAUCCGGGGCCAUCUUCCUUUCAAGUCUCGGUCUCCUGACUCCAGCUGUCAUUGACACCAUUCACAAAUGGGACAGAGGCCUCGGCCGCUUCAACUGGAUCCUCUGGAAGAAUAUAUUCAUUGCUCUCAUCUCUCUCACUGCUUUAUUUUCAGGCUCUUUUACUUCCAUUAAGAGCAUGCUACACAAAUUUGGUAAUACACAUUUAGAAGCGGCUUUGAAUAGAACAAGCAUGUUUAAUGAAACGAUGGCUGUUUGAGGGUGAAAAUCAAAGAAUCAUGACAUGAACGUAUUUAGCCGAAUUAGUAAGAAGUUCUGUAAAGGCAAGCUCGUUGAAGUAAUAUAAUGCUAAUUUAUUAAAGUUAAGAUAAUUGAAACAUUUCGUCAUUCGUAUUUUAAUCUCGAUUUUUUUAUUAGUGUUUGAGUAAAGUAAUGUCAUGUAAGCCAACUGUUUCAUGGACUUUAAAUAGAUUUGACAGAUAAAAUUGUGACAAACUUCAUGCCAUACUUUUGCGUUUCGUUAUUUUAAAUUAUCCAAAAAUAUGAGCUACAAAUGUGCCUUCUAAAAUAAAUGACAACAGAUAAAGUUCCAGAAGAAAAAAUUACCAAACUCAGCGCUUAUUUUUUAGAUGGUUCGCGUGAAAUUUUAUAUAUUUUUCAUUGUUUAACGUUUAAUAAUUUACGGUUGUUAAGUCUUUCUGACUAUAAACUUGGUAAUUUGGUUGUGAUUUUAUUAAAUGUACGAUUGUUAACACGUUAGAGUAAAAAAUCUGGGGCUAAGCCUUUCGAAUAUUUUCAAACUUUACUUAUAGAAAAUUUAUAUCCAGAAAAGUUUAUACAUUUCGGAUGAUCAUGUAGUUACAAAGAUGUCAAACUGAUCAGAACUUUGAGGAAUACUUAAUUAAUUUAUGCUUGUUUGUAAGAGAAAUUUAUUAAUUUCCUUUUCCUUAUAUUAUUUAUUAUUUUUAUAUGACUUGCUAUAAUGUUAUUCCAUAAAACUAGAUUAUAACGUUUCGUUUUAGAUAUUCUUAUUCUUAGUAGAAAUCAUUGAAAAUAGUCGUAAAUGUCAUCUGAUUUCAUUCUAGCUCGAUUUAUAAAUAAAUUAUGAUAACAAAAAUCGUUAAUAAUGAGGAUAAAAUUUUAAUUAGAACGGUAUUUCUAUAUUUCAUUCCGAAGCCAUCUAAAGAAAGUUGUUUCGUAUCGACUUAGUUUCUUAGUUAUAUAUCUAACAUAUAUAAUAUUGUAAUAUCAAUUGAUACACAUGCAAUUCUUUUUCUGCAGCCUUCGCAAUCUCAAUUUCAUUUUUUGAUAUAUCAAUAAUGUCUUUUAAUAUAUCACUGAUGUUAUUUCUUCGUCUCAAACAUUGGGAAUCGUGACUCUAACUGUGUGCUAGUCUUCGCUAUAUGCAACCUAAAUUUUACUGUGUUUUUUGUUUAAAAAUAUCCGAAUAUAUUAUUAUUUUCUAUUCACAAUUAUAUUAUGAUUUUUUUAAGAGCAUGUUUAGAGUUUUAAAGUUUAGAAUCGCUUCGAAUAUUAUUUUUUUAAUUUCUGGAACAGCGCCACUAAUCUAUCAAAUUGACAAAAAUUUACACUUCUGUUGACGCCAUCAAUCCAUUUUGUUACAGAUAUACAAAUCUUUACCGAAGUUUAGUCUUAUAUUUCAACUACAUUGAAUCAGUCAGGAAUAUGACUUAGCAUUUACAAUUCCUUGCCUUUGCCUACCACCACGUUGCAAUAAACGUGAUUUUGCCAAAUACAGAGAUAUUCAAAUAAAAAACAAAAUAUAUCAAAACUUGUUCAUCCGCAUUUACGAACGUUAUCAAAAAUAUCGAUCUGAAUCCAAAAAAAUGGACAUAAAAUUUAAUGAAACUUUAUAAUACCUGCAAACCCGUAUUUCUACGACUGGUUUUUCUAAAACAACUAGCUUUGCUCAGUGCUUUGCUACGCCAGUGAGUAGGAGUUUUCCGGGAUAAAGGCCUGCUAUAUAUUUUUCUGGGAUAGGAAGUAGCUUAUAACCUUCCCAGGGUCUUAAACUACCUCUAUACCAAAUUUCAUAAAAAUCCGUUCAGUAGAUUUUGAGAAAAUCGAUAACAUACAGACAGACAGAAAAGAUGACUUUUUAAUAAUAUUUAUAGAUUAUUUUUAAAACUGAAUGACGAGUCAUGUUCGCUUGACUGACGACGGGCGCCAUGCUUGCUCAUAUUCAAUAUUAACACUGUACCCAGAACUGCGAAUGACAAGACACGGACGAUGCAAUACGUUUGUCACAGUGACGUAGAUUUUGGAUUUUCAAACAAUUAUCCUGCUUAAAUGUGUUUACAUAUUCACGGUUGAAAGGCUAUUAAGGGUCAUUUUUCCCGGAAAUUUUUAACUAGUUCAAAAAAUCAUAGAAAAAUGUGCUGAUUUUCAAUAUGUAUGAAAAUUAAUGUCGCUAAAAAUGUCGUUUAAGUCAAUUAUCCUUUCAACCAUCGAUAUAUUUCUCAUAUAUCUUAGUGCACGCCGUAUUUUAAACUUAGACAUAUAUUACCAAUUUUAUAUAAAUGCCAUAAAACUUUUCUUCGUGGAAUAGUUAAGAUUAGUAUAGUGCGUAGGAUAUUUUAUCAUUUAAGACAAAUAAUAUUUGACAAAUGACUAAUUUACUGCCGUUUUUAAUAAACGAUCCCAAUCUCAUUAUUUAAUCCGAUUCCGAGAAUGAACCAAUUUUUUGACAUGAUUACAAAAUGUAAUUUGUAAUCAUGUCAAAAAAAUGAUCUGAUUGGUCAAUUUUUGAGAUAGAUCGAAAAAUUGGUAUCGUUUAUUGACUAUGGCGGUUAGCUUAUAAGGUAAAUCUCUUGCAAUAGAUGUAUACGUACUUUACGUAUAAGGAAAAAAAAGCGUGACGUUUCCAAAUAUACAGAACGUGAUACAUGAAUCAGAAAUCUUUAGCACUUUAUACAAGCGGUCAAAAUGCUGCGCAAGAGUUGCGUCACAGACGCUGGUGAAUACUUUUUCCUUAAGCAGCAUUCGAAAUUAUAAUUAAUUUAAAUGAGUUGGUAUAAAAUGAGUAGAUAGUAAUAAGAAAAAAAUGACAUAUAAUUUUUAUGUACAAACCAUAUACUUAAUUCAGUUCUGGUCAUAUAAUUUCGCGUCCCUGAAGCUAGUCACGAAUGACAUCAACUAUUGUCAGAGUGUAGAGAAUGACUGGGGGCAUAUAUAGCGUUUAUCUGAUCAUUGCUAAUAGGCCAAUAUAUUUUUUAUAAAAUAUUUGCAAAAAAGUAAAUCCAACAAUCACGUAAAUGUCAUAUUUGAAACUUAAAUGUUUUGUCCAAUGGUUUGGUUCGACAAAACAAAAAUCAGAAACGAAUAGCAAAAAAUAAUGCGAAUCAUACACAUUACAUCUGUGUGAAAUCACAUCGUGUAUUAGGAGAUAAAUACAGUUACGGUAACUAUUGACUUGUUUAGACACAAUUUAAAGUUCGUUGGCCUGUACGUCUAUUAAAUUUUAUCAUCUACAGGCGGCUUCAAAAAUAACUGAACAAAUUCAAUAGUUUAAUAAAUUUUUUCCUCCUCGCUUUCAUAAAUUAUUCUUAUCGCGUACAAGUGUUUGAAGUGUCGAAUCUGUGUUAAAUCAUGUGAUUUUUGAGGCCGACUGUACACUGAAUUUUAGUACAUGACUCAAGUGUUUAGAUAAGAUUAUUUUCGAAAACAUACCAUUAAGUACAAUGUUGUAAAUCAAACAAAUUAGCUGUAAGAUGGAUAAUUAAAUGUGAUACAUAAUAAUAAUUAUAUAAAUAAAUAAUGAUUAAGUUUAA